AUGAUGACGUGCCGUCUGCUGUGCGCCCUGUUGGUGCUUGCCCUGUGCUGCUGCUCGUGUGUCUGCACGGCAUCGGUUGUUGCGGAGCAUGUUGUCACAGGUGAACCGCUCAAACCGCCACAGGGGACAAGUCUAGGGAUCAAGUCUCCGGAUUUAAGUAUCCCUGCAGACCAGCAAGAUGUUGCUGUCGAUGGGGCAGAUCAACCAGUCAAGGCCGUUAAGGAAGGAAAACCGCGUGCGUCUUCCGAUACAGAAAAUGAAGAAGACACGACUGAACAGGCAGAGUCGGAAGGUGUGGACACUAAAUCUAGAGCUUCAACGGAGAAUUCCAGUAAGUCGGUGGUAAAGAGUUCAGAGCAGAAUCCGGAAGUUUUAAGACCCAAUGAAGAGGUUAACCUCCCGACAGCAAAUACGAAGACCACGACGACCACAACCACAAAGGCACCAACUACGACUACGACAAAGGCACCAAGCACUAAGACCACAGAGGCGCCAACCACGACGACCACCCGCGCACCGUCACGUCUUCGCGAAAUCGACGGCAGCCUCGGCAGCGCUGCGUGGGUGUGUGCCCCGCUGCUGCUCGCCGCAUCCGCGCUGGCGUACACCGCUGUGGGCUGA